AAGUUCCUAAAAAGGAAGGCAAUCUGGCGAUAUUAUAAUGAGGAAGUCACCCGUAAUAAAGUGGCGCAAGCAAAGACAACGGUCCUCUUCCUCGAAACAGAUCCGGUGCCAAUGGGAUCGGCUAGAUUCGCCGAUGCGGUCACCAGAUACAACCGAGAAGAUCACAAGCAGACCAAGCACGACUCCCACUUCUCCAAAUGGAAGAUUCUUAUAGGUCCUCAUGACUGGGAAGACCAUUCAAUGGGGAAAGAAGGAGUGACCAGAUACAGGGUUGAAAAUCUUCCUAAAAGUUCAAGCUCAGGACUUUAUGAACUCGCCAUAUACCGUACAAAUUCCUCCACCAGGGACCAUCAUGGCAAGCUUGACCCAGACAAGGUCUUGGUGGUCUAUCUCGGGGAAGCUGACAAUGUUAGGACAAGACUCCAACAAUAUGGCCGCACAGGUGCUCAUCUUGGUAGAAAUGGCUCUGCUGAUCAAGUAUGCGGAUGCUUUGAGGACAUUUUUGCAAGAGGCUACUCCAUUGGUUACAGAUGGGCUCCCAUGGAAAACAAGGCUGAUGCUCGGAGAACCGAAGCUCAGCUUCUCAAUACCUUCGAUUAUGCAUGGAAUAAAGGUUCUAAUGGUGUGCGCCGUCACAAUGAUAUCCUUCGGAAACUAGAUAGACAUGCAUCCAAUCUUACCAAGCUAGCCAAUUUCUCAAGAAAGCAUCUGCCCUUCCUCCAGAAGCAAGUAGGCAUCAAAAUCAAAUCAAGCAAGCUACUUUCGGAUGACAAUGAAUUCAGCAAGCAUACUGAUGGAGAGAGCCGCCAAUUUCUGCAGCAAGUUUUUAAGUUCAGUAGAUCCCAGCCUCGGUUAGUGUCGGAUCAUGGUGGAUCAGAUAAGAAUGACACCAUCACUUGUGGGGUAGUUUUAGAAGAUGGUUCCAUUUGUAGAAGGCCAUCGGCUAAAGGAAGAAAACGAUGUGCUGAACACAAGGGCAAGAAAACUAAAUGGUCCUCCACAAGGUCAAGUACAAGUGAGACAACAGAACCGCAUAAAGGGGAUUAUCCCGGAAUUGAGCAUUGCGAUCCUAUUUGUGGGUUUGCCAUGAUUGAUGACUCUCUUUGUUCAAGGCAUACAGUUUCUGGGAGAAAGAGGUGUGAUUUACACAAAGGGAGGAGAGUCUACAGCUCCGAUUCCGAGACAACAAGAUAUCAGGCAGUGCCAUAUGCGGUUUUUGAUUCAUAUUCUGAUGAAGAUUCGGUUUUCGAUGCAAAUUCAAGAUUUAAUUCUAGUAAUCAGAAUAACUGCAGCAACAGUAGUAGUCGAUCCAUUUGUGGAGCACCCACCUGCAAAGGUACUCCCUGCAAGAGAACAGUUAAUGGAAAUGGAAGGUGUUGGCAGCACUUAAAUUAUAGUGGCAGCGGCAGCAGCAAUUCUAUUCGUCACUAUGUUGAUUCAGAUACAUCUAUUUGUGGAGCACCCACCCACAAUGGUUCCAUCUGCCAAGUAACAGUUAAGGGAAAUGGAAGGUGUUGGCAGCACUGAUCACUGAUCGGUCGAGGCUGGUUGGUCCGAGCAUUGAUCGGCCAAGAGUAGUCAUUUCCCUGUUCUGUGGGUGCCGGAACCAUAGGAUUAACUUAAUAAUAACAUGAUUUAUCUAUUCAUUUUCUGUUGGAUUAUGUAUUGUUUUAUGAGGAUGCUGUCUGAAUGUUGUGAAUCUCAUGUAUUUUCUGCCAAGCAUAAAUUAUUUUAUCUAUAGUCGGUGAAAUUUUUCUUUAAAU